GACACACAGCGGCGUACUGCUGCUGCUGUGUUUAUGUCACGCUACUUCCUGGUGCUUUUCGAAGUAAACUUCAUACAUUUGGACUAGUUUACUUGCUAUAGUUUUUUUCAGCCACUCUUCGAUUCUGUGAAAUGAAUGAUUAAGUUCCUAUGGGGAAGAAGGCUAAAAGACUAGAAGGUUCCGAAAUCCAACCUGAGGCAGCUGGCGAGCAUGUUUACAGUACUAGAAAGGAAGUUCAUCUCCUGCAAUAUGAAUGUGUUGUGAGUGCUGAAUGCGGUCUCUUUGUUUUAUGAGUUGAUGUCCAUCAUGAAGAAGAGAUCUAGUCGAGCAGCAGAUCCGGAUGAACUUCUGUGCUGUUGUGAGUACAUUGACCGUCAUGGCAGUCGCAGUCACAUGGUGGCAUGUUGCUGUGACUGUGAGGAUUUGGAUGAGGCUUGUGACAGAUGGAUGAACAAGGAGCCUCAAAACCCAGACUCUGUGUCUCGGGCACUGGCCACCAUCAAUGACCGUCUGCGGGUGCCUUGGAUAUCCGGUGCCCGACAAAUAGACGUAUCACUCAUCCCUCCUCUCAUUCUACUGCCUGUUUUUUUGCACAUUGCAGCUUUGCACUACCUGCUGGGAAUUAUAAUGCUGACAGCCAUGCCCAUCACUGUCCUGUGGUAUUAUUUCUUCACUCACCGAAAGAAAGGACGCACUCUAUUCUUCCUCGGCCUCGCUCUCUUCUCCCUCUUCUACAUGUUCUACCUGUUCCUCACGCAGGUGGUUCCUCGAGGGGAAGUCACUGAGCUUCAGCUGGCUGUGGUGACGGCUGGUGUCGCUCUCACUGUUAUUUUCCUUAUGCUCACCAAAAGAGGGCCAGGUUUGGUCAGACCUCGUCCAUCUGAGACUCACAGUACAGUGACGUAUCACAGCACUCCGCCUGAUGUAGAUGGGGUAUAUCUGAAUGGAGCCCGACAUCAGGUGGUCAUAGGCAGUCGGGUCGCUUCAUCUGAACACACUGGUGAACCCGGGACAGAAGAAGAAGAAGAAGGCGUUCAGAAGAGGAACUGGUGUGCUGUGUGUAAGGUGGUGCGUCCUCAGAGAGCCGGACACUGCAGGAUCUGUGGGGUCUGUGUGCUGAGGCUGGAUCAUCACUGUGUCUGGAUCAACAGUUGUGUUGGACUGGCCAAUCACCGCACUUUCCUUCUGACGCUGCUCUUCUUCCUGCUGACGUCGAUUUAUGGCAUCAGUCUGGUUCUGGCAAGUGUGUGUCCUGAUCAGAGAGUCUUGACUGCUCUCUUCUACUGUCCCGAUGUCUACAGUCAAUACAGUUCUGCGCUGUGCUUCACCUGUGCCUGGUACAGCAGUAUCGUGACUGGAGGUUUGCUUCACCUGCUGCUCCUGCAGAUCCUCAACAUCAGCCUGAACGUGACAGAGCGAGAGGCACGUCUGGCCCUCAGAGAGAAGAGCGCUCAAAGGCGCCUCUGGGGUCUCAUCGUCCACACCGGCCAUUAUUCCAGAGGCUUCUGGAGCAACUGGACUGAGUUCUUGACCAUGACUGAAGAUACACAGCCAGCAGGGCACAAAACAGAAGAUUUGGUGUAGAAACUGAGCAUUUAUACAGUGACUAGCAUAAAUGAGAACAUCAUCUGUUAAACAUUUCUUUGAGAAUAUGGAAAUACAGUUUUAUUAAACAGUUCUAUUUAUUAACAU